CUCAAUCACCUAAAUCCCCUCGUGCCCCCCUACCAAACCAUGACUGAUCUCUUCACCUCAUCCAAUAUUCCUGGAGCUAUAGUGACCUAUGUAGGAAGAACUUUCAAUGAGCCUGUAGAUUUCAAUCUUCACCGAUUCAAGGAAUUCUUCGCCUCUCGUCGUUUAUCUGAUCCCAUUACCAUAGACUUAUUCGAAUUCAAAACCUAUGGAGUUGACAUCACUCCUUAUAUCAGAAACCUUGGGUGGGAAUUCCUUAUGCACUAUCCUCCUCUAGCAGCCUGCCCACUCCCUGUUCGCAUGUUUUAUGCUAACCUAGACUGCCAAGGGAUCACAACUCGUAAACUCACUACUCUAGUGAACGGGUAUUUUAUAUCACUCACUGCUGAAGCCAUAGGAUCUCUACUAAAUUUCCCUACUGGAGGACCACUUCCUUUGGCUCAUGAGGAUGAGUUCCUCUUCUAUGAUUUUGAUCAUGUUAUCGAAUACUCUCGCAUUGCUCAGCGUCCUGUAGCUGCUCAUGAAACCGUCACCACCGCUGAUCUAAACCCAUCUCUGCGCACCCUUCACUACCUUAUCACCCACUUCUUUCUUCCUCGCUCCAGCUGUCAUCACAUUGUUACCAAAAUUGAUCUCUGGAUCCUAUCCAAUGCUCUCACAGGUCGCAAAAUCGACUAUUGCCAGCUGCUAUUUGGGUCAAUUGUUCGAAGUGCUGAGGCUCAUCUAGGGGGUCGUCUUCCCUAUGGUGGCCUUAUCUCUCUUCUGAUCUCAAACCUGGGAAUAUCACUCGAUGGUUUCUCCACAGUCGAAACCUCUGUAUCAAUUCCAGCUCUUGCUGUCCUUUCCUAUAUAAGGAUUGAUCCUCUCACUUCGAAAGGGGGAGAGACUCUACUUGACCCCGCAGCCAAAAGACCUAAACCCUUCUCCAAGCUAUCGUCAAAAACUCGAAAACUAGGGGAGUCCUCUUCUUCUGUCUGCAAGAACUUAAUCAUUGAUUUUGAGGAAGAGGAAGCAGAACUGGAACCUGAAUCUCUUUCUGAGAAAUACAUCAAGCUAUUUGCUGAAGACCUUGAAAAGGAAUUAAUGGAUGGUGAAGGGGUACCUGCAACUCAGGGGGAGGAUGCUGCAACUCUGAAAGAAUCAACUGACUAUCAGGAGGAUCAAACUCAGGGGUAGCCAACUAGAGAAUAAUCAGAACAUGACUGUCUGAGAAGACUCUAGAUUAAAUAAAGAGGAUUUUGAAUUCUGGAAAUUUAGUAUGUUUUAAUGACCAUAAGGGUCUAGUAUGUUUUUCUGCUAUGUUUAAAAGACCAUAAUGGUCUAGCUUGCGUGUCCCUUCUUCUUGAUUAAAAGACCAUAAUGGUCUAGCUGGUGUGUGCUGUUGAAAUCAAUAAACAUAGAUGUGUUUUCUAUUUACUCAAGUUGUGUGCUCAAGAUGACCAUCUCUUGUUCUCUAUCUGCUAAAGAUUUGAAACGAUUUCAUCAUGUAGAUACUUCGAUAAUGUCUCAAUGACUGCAGGGAUCAAGGUUUGACGCAGGGGGAGAUUGUUGGGCCUGGACUAAGUCCCCACAGCAAAGUCAAAUUGAGCCCACCCAAUUUCCGGCCCUAAACGAUGUCGUCAAGAACAACAGAUUGCGUCUUCACCUUCAUCCCUUCCACUAUCAUCGAAGCAACACAAAAAAGAGAUUCUCAAUCUCUCUCAUCGUUCCAAGCUUCGAUCUCCUCGCCAAGACUCGAUUCCAACGGCAACAACAUUGAAGAAGAAGAAAGAGAUGAUCGAACCAGAAAUCUAUUUAAAGGAGCUCGCCAGGAAGAAGAAAGGCACGGUUUCCUUUUCUCAGUAAGAGCGUGCUAGCUCUUUGGGAGUCUAGGUCUGGGUCGUGUUUUGUGUCUAGAUAGAUUGAGUCGGGACCUUCGGUCAGGUACUCAAUCUUAUCUGGGCAUAGCGUCUGUCUUGCCUGCUUGCAUCUCUUCUUCCUGUCAGAACUGAAUUGAUUCAAUUUGCUGUUGUUCAUUCUAGAUUGAAUCAAGCUUAGGUCUUCUGUAAACUCUUUUUUUUUUAAAUUGAAAUUGACCUUUGCACAACUUAAUUGCUGUGAGAAACAUCUUUUGAUCGCAAUCAAGGAAGUGAAUCAGUAUACAUAGUGAAACUACACAAUCAAGAUCUCCCUAAUCGCAGUUGCCCAUGUCGUCUACCCUCCGUCCGAUUGACCUACCUGCCUACCAGUGCAGCUGUGCAUAUCUGCCCUUAGAGCCCCAAAAUGUCGCUAGGGAGAGGAUGCUGGCGGCGCACUAUAGAUCCAAAAUCGGUCCUUGAUUUAAGAUUUUGGGAAAUGAAUUUAUCCAUGCAAGUCAGUUUUUAAUGGGUGAGAUAGCAUGACAACCCCUAUUAAUUAUAAAUUUUUAAGGUAAUU